AUAAUGCAGAAUGGCGGACGGUCGCAUAAGUUGCCUCAAGGCCGUUGUCUGCCUGCUAGCGAUUGCUCUGCCCACUGGCAUGGCAGCGGUGGACAAGAAACCGCACUUCUUGUUCUUGCUCCUGGAUGUCAUCAUGAUCGCAAGCAGCAUUGAUGAGUGGCCGACUGCCCAUCCACAAUGGCUUCUACACAACCAGCGCCCAUGCCAGGAACGGGUACACUCCACAAGACAUCGUGGGUGGGAUUCCAGACAAGGAGAUACUGUUCCCCGAGCUGCUGCAGAAAGCCGGAUAUAAGAACAAGAUCAUCGGGAAGUGGCAUCUAGGUCAGCAGGAGCAGUACUUGCCUCAUAAGCACGGCUUCGACGAGUGGUUCGGAGCUCCCAACUGCCAUUUUGGACCGUACAACGACAAGAGGAAGCCAAACAUUCCUAUGUAUCGCGAUGACCAUAUGAUCGGCCGGUUGUACGAGGACUUUGUGAUCAAUAAAACCAGCGGGUAUUCCAAUCUAACCCAAAUCUACAUCGAGGAAGCUACAAACUUCAUUAAUGAGCAGUCGACGGCGGCCAAUCCGUUCCUCUUUUACUGGGCAGUGGAUGCCACACAUGGUCCAGUCUAUGCGUCACAUGACUUCCUUGGGACAAGCCAGCGUGGGCUGUAUGGCGAUGCAGUGCGUGAGUUGGACUAUGGUGUUGGUGUCAUACUGGCUGCAAUCAAGUCAGCUGGUGUUGAGGAAAACACACUAGUCAUGUUCUCGUCCGACAAUGGUGGAGCUACGUAUGCCAAAGAACAAGGAGGUAGCAACGGGCCAUUCCUGUGUGGCAAGGAGACGACAUACGAAGGUGGAAUGAGAGAGCCAACCAUCGCUCAGUGGCCUGGUCGUAUACAAGCUGGAACAAUCAGCCACCAGCUAGGCAAUCUGAUGGACUGGUUCAGUACAAGUCUAGACCUAGCUGGUAUUGAGCUACCACAGGAUCGUAUCAUUGACGGCAUCAGCCUGGCACCAGCACUCUUCAACAAUACACCGGUGGACAGACCAAUCUUCUAUUACCGUGGCAAUGAGAUGAUGGCAGUGCGUGUCGGCAUGUACAAGGCUCACUACUGGACAUGGACGAAUAGCUUGGCGGAGUUCCAGAAGGGUACGGACUUCUGUCCGGGUGAAGACAUCGCCAACGUGACCACACAUGAUCAAGUCAACAACACCCUGGCACUGAUAGUGUUUGACCUGGGCAAAGAUCCUGGUGAAAAGUACCGUUUACGUCUCCACACAGCACAGUACAAAGCAGCCAUGGCGGCCAUUCAGCCGGUCGUGGACGACCAUAAGUCCAAGCUUGUGCCGGGCGAGCCACAGCUCAACAAAUGCGAUCCGGCCGUUCAGAACUGGGCACCGCCUGGCUGCAAGGAGCUGAACAAGUGCCUGCCAAUCCCACCGCACGCCGAGACCGACUGUGUAUGGGUGCAUUGAUGAUGGAAUUCUAUUGCUGCAUGCAGUCACACAUCAUGCUAGGGAAAUCGCUCAAGUACAAUGGCUUUGGCAAUAGUGGCAAUAUGGUCAUGUUAGUGAUACCAUUGUGUCCUGAGCAAAGACAUUAAUUUUAUCAAUCUUUAUCAUGAUCGUUGCUUUAGGCUAUUUUUGACAAGACUCAUUGUGGAGAGCAGU